CACUUGUAAUUGACAGAACAUUUCUAAAUCAAAGUAUUAAAAUUAAACAAAUUAUAAAAGUUAUUUAACAUAUUUUUUAGCAUUACAAAACAAGUGAAUUAAUUGCCGUUUGACCUGUCACGAUUAAAUACAUUUGACUUUCAAAUAAUAAGUAUUAACAAUACGUUUAGCGCAAGCGUGCAGUAGUGUAUUUGGUAACAUUUUCAUUGGAAAAUGAGUAAAAUUACAAUCAAUGAAGAUCUCGCUAGAGAACGGUCGACGUGUGAUUUUGAUAUUGAAGAAUUGACGAAUAUUCUAGAUGGAGGGAAAGACAGGACAAUGCUACGGAGAGAUACCGAGAAUUCUGUUCUCGAUAAUGACGACUACAAAGACAAAGUUCCUGAAGAAUGUUUAAGCAUCAAAGAGCGUUACGAGAAUGCAGUAAGGAAAUCAUGUUUAUACGCUGAUCUGGUGAAAAAUAAGCUGCUGGAAAUGACAGCUUUAGAAAGUUUUGGUACCCAAUACCUUCGAAGGACAUCUGACGCGUAUUUCAAAGAAGUAUCUCCCUUCCUACUUCACAUGGGAAUGUUCGUGCCUACGAUAAUGGGACAGUGCACCCCAGAACAACAGGCGACGUGGCUGCCGAAGGCUCUGAACCUUGAAAUUAUUGGCACGUAUGCACAGACUGAAUUAGGUCAUGGAACAUUUAUUAGAGGUCUGGAAACUACGGCCACAUACGACCCUAAAACUGAAGAAUUUGUCUUGCACACACCAACGCUUACAGCAUUCAAAUGGUGGGCUGGUGGACUGGGAAAAACAGCAAAUCAUUGUAUAGUAGUGGCUCAAUUAUACACUCAAGGGAAAUGCUAUGGUAUUCAUACCUUCAUCGUCCAAGUACGAGAUUUGGAGACACACGAGCCGUUACCAGGAAUAAAAGUCGGUGAAAUCGGCCCCAGAAUGGGUUUUAACACCGCUGACAAUGGAUUCCUAGGCUUCGACCACUUUAGGAUCCCACGACAAAAUAUGCUGAUGAAAAAUGCUCAGGUUCAGCCGGACGGCACCUACGUAAAAGUAGCACGUCACGAGAAACUCACAUACGGGACGAUGGUGUUCGUGCGAGUCACGCUGGUAUCGGAGUCGGCUUUCAACCUUGCGAAGGCAGCUACUAUAGCAGUGCGGUAUUCUGCGGUGCGGCGGCAGUCGGAGAUAAGGCCGGGUGCACCUGAAUCUCAAGUCUUGGAUUACCCAACACAGCAGCACAAGCUGUUCAUUGCCAUAGCAACCGCGCAGGCACUUCAGUUCAACGCCAGCUGGCUCUGGAAGACCUUUACCAAAGUAUUGAGUGAAAUGAAAAAAGGGAAUGUGGAUACAUUGCCUGAGCUGCACGCGCUAUCUAGCUGCCUCAAAGCAAUCAGCACAUCAGAUGCAGCCGAGUACAUAGCGCAGUGCGGCGCAGCGUGCGGCGGGCACGGGUACACGCUGUCCUCCCGCCUGCCGCACAUAUACAGCUCCGUGGUCGCCACUCGCACGUACGAGGGCGACUACACUGUGCUCCUGCUGCAGACUGCCAGAUUUCUGGUAAAGGCAUGGGAACAAGCUGAAGGAGGUGUGACCGUAACUCCCACUAUUUCUUAUCUCAAUCGAGUUCUUAACGAGAAGACAUCGCCAUGGAAGAAUAGCCAAGAAGGCAUUAUUAGGGCUUUCGAGGCAAUAUCUGCAGGGAAAAUAGCACAUUGUGUGAAUAAUAUAAGAGAACGGAGGAAGACAGGAUCUUGCUAUGAAGAUGCGUGGAUCCUAACCACAAACCAAUUGGUGGCUGCUGCAGAGGCACAUUGCCGAGCGGUUCUGCUAAGAGUAUACUAUGAAGAAUCAUUGCGAAUGACCAGAGAUUCCUCUGAAAACGUGAGGAAAGUGGUCAGUCAGCUCGUCCAGUUAUAUUUGACUUACUGGGCUCUGGAGAGAACUGGCGAUCUGUUGAGGUAUACAAAUAUCAGUGAAAAGGAUUUGAGAAACUUGGAGAUGCACUACGAAGGGCUAUUGGCCGCCAUCCGACCCAACGCUGUUGGUCUUGUAGACGCAUUUGAUAUUAGAGAUGAGAUCCUACAAUCAACACUAGGCUCCUACGACGGCAGGGUCUACGACCGUCUCAUGGAAGAAGCUCUAAAGACCCCUCUCAACGCAGAUUCCGUCAACCAAUCAUUCCAUAAAUAUCUACGACGAUAUACCAUACAAGGCAAACUGUGAUAUCUAAUGCAAUUUUAUAUCUUAUCUUAUCGUUAAUAAAGUACAUUUUGGAUUUUGUU